AUUCACAAAUCUUCACUGGUUUUACAAAAUAGAUCCCCGUUUAUUUAUCUCUCCAGCGAGGUACACACUCAACACAGUGACUAAAUAGCCUCAGUGGACAAUUGACAGGUAACGAUCUCUUGUGCUGGUCAUGUCUUGCCACUUACAGGUGUCUCAGUAGACAUACAGGCACUACCUGUCGUCAAAUGGGAUCCACCGACUGCUAGUUAUUGAACCCAUAACCACACAGCAGGGUUGGGAGUGCCAUUGUGUGAAACCACGUGCAAUAGAAAGGGAACACACAAUGUCAGGACACGCUACUCACUGUUAUUUAAAUGUGGUGAACAUUCGCACUGGCUUCCUUGACUACUUGGACAAUAGGUGUGUGAAGAAUUUGUCAACAUAUUAGAAAGAAGUACCGGUGCUCUUUUUUUUAAUGAAUGGAUUUAGGUGUUUGACAAGAAAAGUUACGUGUGUUUUUAACAUUCAAACACACACUGAAGUUCAAUACAUUUCACAAAAGGUCAAUAUCAGUAGAGUGGAGAAGAAUGGAGACGCAUUUAGAGAAAAACUAAUAAACUGUGAAUAAAUCUUUUGUUGUUUAUUUGAACUAAGUAAUAUAUACAUGUACAUACAUAAAGCAAUAUUAUUUGUACACAGUGUUAGGCCCCGUCGUUAUGUAAGGAAGAUGUAUAAACUAACAGAUGGUGCUGCAAAUUCAUAAACAGAUAUACAAGCUGUUUGUGACAAAUACUAGACAAUGAAACACACAUCAAAAGAAUCCAUGACUAGUCGAAUCAACACGGGCAUGGAGAUGUAUUUGUAUAGAUAGUGAUUCAAAAAUGUUCAAGAACAGAAUAUAAAAUUCGGGGACUGUUAAAGAUCUGGUGUACCAUCCAUCUAUUACUAUAGAGAAUUUCAAUGAAAUUGAACGUGUAUAGAUAGUGGCUGAAAUAUGUUCAGGAACAGAAUAUAAAAUUCAGAGAUUUUUAAUCAUCAAGUGUACCGUCCAUCUAUUACUAUGGAGAAUUACAAGGAGCUUGAAUGUAUAGCGGAAGAGCUAACCAACCUGAUUAUAGCAGGGAAGGCGAAGGAGGUUGAGAUGUUGCUGGGUGAGCACAACAAAGACUGCAAGGAGCUGUGUACCGUGAUCACAGCCAGUGGGAACACCCCGCUCCACAUCCUCGCCCAGCGCCACAAGCCUCAGAUCCUCAAACUCAUGUUCGACGUGGGUGCCGACAUCGACGCCAGAAACAAUGAGUGUCUCACUCCUCUGUACACAUCCCUGUUUUACGGGAACUUUGAAACAGCGAGGAUGUUGAUAAGGAAGGGCGCCGAUAUUAACGUGACCAUCUUCCCCAAAUCGGGAACAUCUCUGCUGCACAAGCUGACAUUCAGUAACCGGCUGGAAGCGGUCAGGCUGCUGAUUGAAGAAGGAGCAGACGUGAACAUCAAGGACAAACAAGGUCGUUCUGCUCUCCAUCUUACGAUGGUUAAAGGGAAGACAGACAUGACAUUGCUUCUCAUAAACAGUGAAUGUGAUAUCAAUUCUUUGGAUAGCUCCCUAAAGACACCACUACACACGGCACUUAUGUACAAAAGUACCGAGAUUGCUAAGCUGUUGAUUCAAAUUGGAGCAGAUGUAACGAUCAAAGAUAGCAGUGGGAUGACCUCUCUUCAUCUGUGUGUCUUGUACCGCUACACAGAAAUAGCUCGGAUGAUCAUCAAGAAGAACUCCAUGAUUCUGAACACCAAAGAGAAGAUAAUGGGCAGGACUGCACUGCACAUGGCUUGUAAAGACAACAACAUGAAAAUGGCAGCCUUGCUGGUGGAGAAUGGAGCGGAUGCCACGCUAACGACAAACUUCCGCAAGUCUCCGAUCCACCUGGUAUCCAUGGUGGGAGGCGCGGACAUCACCAUGCUGAUACUGAGGUACACGACCAAUGUCAACCUGCUGACCGUCAACAACAAGUCCCCGCUGCACAUCGCGGUGGAGGAGGGACACUUCAAGGUGGCUGUCCUCCUCAUCCAGGCCGGAGCCAACGUCCACUUACACGACCUCCACGGGAUGACCGCUCUCCACUAUGCGGUCCAGAACAAUGAUGUUGAGUGUGCGCGGGUUCUCAUCCAGGCCGGGGCUGAUGUCAAUGACUCUGAUGCCAGGCUCAGGUCUGCGUUUCACAUCGCGUGUCAGAACGAGAACCUCGAGAUGGCCAAGUUCUGUCUGCGGCACGGAGCACGCACAUACAUGCUGGACGAAAACGCAUGCACACCUCUCGACUACGACAGAUCUGGGGAUGUGCAGGCAUAUUAUGAGAAAUUACAACUAAUGCAGAGAAAAACAUCUGCAAUUCAAGACGCACAACCUAAGUAACAAAUUAACUAUUUCUUCAAAAUGGAUACAGUGGGUCUUUUGUGCAAUCAGAUUUUAAUAUUUGUUUACCAAUAUACUUUGAUAUCAUUCUAACAGUCAAUCCAUUGAUCACUAAUUAAAUUUUGGAAUAGUAUUUAUUUCUUCAUUACAGCUGUUUCAGAACUUGUCUCAUGUGAGUGGUAAGAGACAGCUGUAUUUAAACCAAGAAUGUGUCAACAAAAAACCUGCACAGAGAUGUGAUAAGUACUGUAACUGGCUUUUUAAAAUGUCUUUUUUAUAUUUGUGGAAUAGUACUGAUGGAUUUCAUUAUUAAAUGGCUAUCAGUAUUUAAAAUUAACUGAACAGAUUUGCUUGAUCUUAUUAUAAUAUGGCCAAUUACUGUAUAGAAUCUAUAGACUAUUUCAUAUAUUUCACGUCAUAUGAUGGCCUAUCAAUAUGUUACUAAUAUAGGGCCUAAUUAACAAAGGUCUCUUAGGCUCUGCUAGACAACAAAGCAUCCUCUUUGCAAGUCUUUUAGCAUUGCACUGUGAGAUCGCAAAGUUGCGAGAGUUUAGUGAAUUAGGCCCCUGGUCAUCUCAAUGUUAAUUUAAGAAAUUCAUGUAAUAAAUCAAUCAAACAGUUAUCACAUCUUUCAGACUGUGACUGCAGGGAUUUUAUUCACAAAUGUUUUAUCAAUAUUGUUCAUUGUAAAAAAUAUAUUGAGAUAUUUAAAUAAAUUUUACAGAUAUGAACUGUAACUAAUGUAA